UAAAAUAAUAAUUGUGUUGUAAAAAACAUUAAAGUGAUAAUGUAAAUACCUAAUAACAAGUUAUUUCAUAUUGUCAUCACAGUGACUUAUUUAACUUUUAUAACAUUAUUUGAGCAAAAAAUGUUUAAUCAACCAUUGCGCUCUCUAGUGGUGAGUUACAGAUUACACAUGUCUGUAAAAGCAACAAUUUUAGGUUAUGUGUCAAGAGUUUGAAAAAUGUAAAUAACUUGUUUAGACAAUGGAUAAACUAAAAGAAAAAGUGUCUCCCACCGUAUUUGAAUCUCUUCUUAAAGCAAAUAUUGUCUCACCAAGUGAUUUUUUUUGGCAUACGAAAACCCAAUUAAUGGAGAUUACGCAUCUUGACUCAAAUUGUAUUGAAGAAGUUUUGAAAGAAAGUGCAAAUAUAAUUUUAAGCGGGAAAAUACGGACAGCGAAAGAAAUACCUAAAUGGCAGCGUAUCAGUGCAGGGUGUUCAGCAAUAGAUGCAAUAACGCGAGGCGGUAUUGCAGUAAACGGAAUUUCAGAAAUUUUUGGUUAUAGUGGUGUGGGAAAAACACAGUUUUGCUUACAACUGUCUUUAAUGACACAGUUACCAACUAGUUUGGGAGGUUUACAAAAAAGUGUAGUCUAUUUAUCCACAGAAGAUGCUUUUCCUAUUAAAAGACUGAAAAGUUUGGGUUUAACAUUUUCUCUCAAAUAUCACGAUUUGGGUAUACAUUUUGAAGACAAUAUUUUUAUUGAACAUAUAGCGGAUGUUGGACAGUUGAAACGAUGUUUAGCCAAUUCUUUACCAAAACUUUUACUAGUGAAAAAAGUGGGAUUGGUUGUGAUUGACUCAAUUGCGGGGAUUUUUCGAAGCGAAUCUUUGGAUGUUGAUUAUAAAAACAGAAGUCAAGAUUUUAUCUCAAUAAUAACCUCGUUGAAUAAACUUGCAAAAAAAUAUGGAUUUGCAGUAGUUUGUGUCAAUCAGGUAACUGAUAAUCCAACAACAAAUAUUACUGAACCUUGUCUAGGAUUAGCUUGGAGCAACUGUAUUACUUACCGUUUUAAUAUCACCAGAUAUGAAAAUAAGAAAAACAGAGAAUUUGAAAUUAUUUUUGCGCCUGACUUAUCAAAUCAAACUUGUGGAUUCACCAUUACAGAGGAAGGUUUAAAAACUGUUGAAUAACAAUAAUAAUAAUAAAAUGUUGAAAAGUCAGCUACAUUUUAUAAAGUAAUAAAACAUAUUUUUGUAAAUAAGAAUGUAUAUACAUAUUUUCAAUAUUCAUAAUUUUAUAUUUUGUUUAUCUUUGUUCAAAGUUUCUAUGAUACAUGGUGGAAACAUUUUUUAUUUUCAUUUCUUGUAAAAAUUACAAUUACAGAAAAUAGAAGUUUUUAAAAAACACAA